UGUAAUUUUGUAAGCGUAAUCAAAAUGGCGACCAGCAGAGGGCUUCACGCACGCACGGAUUUGCAAGUUCCAAACGAGCCAAUCGUCUACAAUGAACUCGCAAUUCGUACCAACAUGUCCAUAUUGUCGUACUGUCGCACCUUUGUGUCGGCCCUCUCGGGCUCAUCGGCAGGGAUUCUGGGAUUGACGGGACUGGAAGGGUUCAUUUUCUACUUCAUUGUCUCGUUUGUCUUCUCCCUUAUGCUUUGCGUGAAGGCCGGGCGUAAAUGGCAGGAAUUCUUCCGUCACAGACAACCCUUGGUUACCAGCGGGCUGUUAGGAGGACUAUUUACUUAUGUACUGUUUUGGACAUUUCUCUACGGGAUGGUCCAUGUGUACUGACACCAAAUCGAUGAGACCAUUUCAAGCAUACUUCACCGGAAUUAAUCACAGCACAGGUAUCACAGGUGGUUUCCAACAUCGAGGGGAGAAUUCAGUACUAGUGUUACUCUACAGAUGUAUGAGCGGCCUGACCCAAGACGCUUAAAUUCACCUGAGUUCUCUUUUGAGUCACAAACUCUUAUACCAAAUGUGGCACAGUGGAAAUAGGUCAGAGGUUUAAUGCGCCCAUCCAGAUACAUUUUACUGCAAUACUUUGCAUAAUGUCAAAUGGAAAUUUUUUUUUUUCAAAACGAGGGAAAUUUGAAGGCUUUCUCCCACAAGUGAAACUGAAGAACUCAGGAAAUCUUGUCUGCGGGAAAAGUGUCUGCUCAUUUAUUGCUUCAGAGAACUGGGCGUAAAGUUGGUGGCUUUAUUCCAUGAUUUUUUUGAAAUCUGCAGUACCCUUGUGAAACAAAGACACGCCUCGUAUCCAGAUGGACUGGUGCUGAUUUGUAAUUUUAGGGAGGGAUAAGUUAUUGUUGUGAUGUACCCAUGAGGAUGUCGAGAACAAGACAUCCUGUCUGCAUUGCAUUAUGAAAAGCACCAAAGACCAUCUUGUGAGCACAUGUAGGUAGCUCCAAAAUGUGUCAGAGCUGCAGAUUUGUAUCAAUCACAAACAAAAGAGCUUUUUCUGCCGUGUGAGGCACAAACCUGUAUCAUUUUAUGUUUUACUGAAAACUAUUUUUUAUGACUGAUAGACGGCAAGAUCCUUUCUUUAAGGGUUCUCUUACCAUUUGUUUCAUAAAUGUAGAUGCAUGUGAGUUGUCAUCCACAGAAGUUAAUCGGAAAAGUCUAUAAAAAUACCCAUUUGUCUAUCUCACAAUAAGCUCUAUGCAUAAUUUUGUAAAGAGACUGGAAAAAGGACGGUUGUUACUUGUUCUCAUUUGUCAAAAUCAUGAUGGUAUUGAUUUGAAUGUUUUGUGAGAAAUAUCCCUACAAAGAAGGAAAUGAGAAUGAUUACUCUUUCGGUACAGUUUUCAAUGACGAACAUAAAAAGCAUAGAAAUUGUUUUUAGACCAAUUUGGCUUUAGUCGGUAUAUGGUAUCUUUUACAUGUGUUAAUUAUGUAAAUGAUGGACAUUAAAAAAGGACGGUGCAAUUUUCCAGGUAAAA